UCCACAAGAACUUCACUUUCUUCGAUUUUCAUCUAUAGCUUACAAAAUUUUUGUACUUCUCUUCACUUUAAUUUUCUUGCUUAAAAUUGUAUAGUCACCUUUUUCUUGGAUCAGAUCUUAGGUUUAUCAAAUCUUUGUAAUUACUUCUUCUUCUAUGGAUGAAAUUGAAAUUCCAUCCUACUUUCUCUGCCCCAUCAGUCUAGAGAUUAUGAAGGAUCCUGUUACGCUCUCUACCGGUAUAACAUAUGAUCGGGAGAGCAUCGAAAAAUGGCUGUUUUCUCAGAAUAAUAAUACUUGCCCGGUAACAAAGCAAGUGGUUAUGGAUUCAGAAUUGAUCCCAAACAUUAUUCUCCGGCGGUUUAUCCAAUCUGAAGCCUUGAGCAUUCUCUAUAAUCUCCAUCUAUCGGGAUCCGGGCUAAAAUCCCUCUUGCAGAAUAAUAUCGAGUUAAUCCAGUCCUUAACGAGCGUCAUGCAAUCCGGGAGCUAUGAUUCUCGUGUCUAUGCUGUCAUGUUUCUGAAAUCCAUGUUCGAAGUGGCUGAUCCAAAUCAACCGAUCAGUCUCAGACCCGAAUUCUUCCACGAAUUAGUAGAUAUCUUGAACGAUCAAAUCUCUCGGAAGGUCUCCAAAGCCACACUGAAAGUUCUUAUCAAGGUAUGUCCAUGGGAAAAAAACAGGAUUAAAGCAGUGGAAGCUGGAGCAGUGCCCUUGUUGAUUGACCUUUUACUCGAUUCUUCUGACAAAAGGGCUUCCGAAUUGAUGCUUAUGGCGCUGAAUUUGCUAUGCAAAUGCGCUGAGGGAAGGGCGGAACUGUUGAAUCACAGUGCAGGAUUAGCCAUUGUUUCGAAGAAGAUUCUUAGGGUUUCAUCUACAGCAAAUGAGAGCGGAAUAAGAAUUCUACAUUCGAUAUCGAAGUUCUCGGCAACUCCUGGAGUUUUACAAGAAAUGUUGCAGAUUGGAGCAGUGGCAAAAUUGUGCCUGGUACUGGAAGUUCUGGAAGUUUUUGAUCGAGGAUCAAAGACAAAGGAGAGAGCCAGAGAAAUUCUUAAAUUGCAUGCAAGAGCAUGGAGGAAUUCCUCGUGCAUACCCGCGCCCUUGUUAGCUUCAUAUCCAUCUUGAGGUGGAAUUAUAAUUAGGCAUAAAAAUAAUUAAUUUAGUUGCAUAAAUAAAUUUAUGUUCAUAUAGUUUAAAUUUUGAUAUGUUGAGGAACAUAUAUAUGGCAGAAAAUACUCAAUUUUAUUGAAUCAACUUGAACUCUUUGGAAAGUAGAAUUUUAGCUGGAAAGGUUCAGCUUCUUUUUCAUCAA